AUGGAGAUUUCACAUGGGACCAAUGACCGAACUAACCACGAUGCAGAGCCAAGGGCAUCGUACAAAUCAUGGAAGAAGAAAUACCGUAAGCUUCGGCAUCAGUUUGAGGGCGUGAUGAAGCGCUCCGACGAGCUCUUUAGGCAAGAUUUAGUCGCCACUGCUACCAUCAAGAGGAUUACAGAAGAGAAUAACCGACUCUUAGAUCAACUACUCGAAUUGAAUUCGAACCCGCACAUAAAACACAAGCACUUCCAGGAUAUCGGUUCGCCCACUUCAUUGACACCGCCGCGGAUGAUGUCACCUACAUCGCUGGAGCAAUUCAAAACGAAGUUUUUCAUGGAUGAUCCGAAUGGCGGGGAAACAGAGGCUCCGAAUCCACCAGCCGAGACCCCUAACGAGGACCCGGAAGCAAUGGACGUUGACACCUCAACGGCAAACAUCCCAGAUCCAUUACAGGCCCCAGAAGAAUCGCCUUCAGAAACGAAUCCGAAAUACACUUCUAAUGGCGUAGUACACGACCCCUCGAAGCCCCUCACCCCACCUUCUCAAUCAACUGAACAGCCUGUCCGUAUACGCGGGGAGCUACCAGAGGAACCAGAGUAUACCCGUGGCUCGACUCCUCCACGUUUUCGCGAAACAUCGCCGUUCCUCAAUCCAAUCGAGGACGAAGAACUACCACCCGGAACAAUCAUCCACUAUCACCAAGAGGAUGGAGCAUUCACAGCACCAUCACUUCCAAACGCGUCGCCUACUCACAAUAAAUUCCCGGCUGCGACAAACGCUUCGAUACCUGCUGCCACUGCCGAGGAAGAACAUCACUGGCCACGAAAUCCGAUGAGCGUGUACUGUUGGCUUCGAAAGUAUCAACCCCAGGUCUUCUUGCAGGACAACGAGGCCCCUGGCGGAAAAGAGCGGAAGAAGAAGGGCAAGCGAGGCGCGGCACCUGUUGAGGAAGAUGAAGAGGAACAUCACCCUCCCGGUCCGGCUUCUCCAGCUGAACUGAAGCCCAAGCGAGGUGGGACCAGAAUGUCUUUUGCUGGCGACAACUCUGAUGGCAAGAUAGCAGGGACAAAGAGAAGGAGAGCCCAAAAAGACGAAGGCGACGAGACACCAGAGAGGGGCAGCAAAGGGAAGGGUGGCUCGAAACCUCCAGCUGCGAAAAAGCCAAGGAAGUCCGGCGCAACAAAGCGAGAGGAUGACUAA